UGUACCAUUCAAUCAAUUCAUACUUCUUCACUACUACUACUACUACUCUCUUCUAUUUUUUUUUUUUUUUAGCAUACCUAUCCAAAAAAGUUAUAUAGAGAAUCUCCAGAUAUUGUACAACUUGUUUCCAUUUUUCCUUGAUUCCUUCUUCUUUCUCUGUACUGUACUAUUAUAAUAUAGUACUAUAAAAUUAGCAUAAAAAUGGCAGAAGCAACAGCAGUAGUAGCGAAACCUGAAGCAGCUGUUGUUAAUUCUGAUAUGGCCACUAAGGCUCUAGCUACUGUUCCUCCAACAAAGCCUGAUUCUUCAACAAAGAAAAGUUCUAAGGGAUCUCUCGACCGAGAUGUUGCUCUUGCAAAACUUGAGACAGAGAAACGGAAUUCUUAUAUCAAGGCAUGGGAAGAAAGUGAAAAAAGCAAGGUGGAAAACAAGGCCCAAAAGAAGCUCGCUGCAGUUGGAACAUGGGAAAACACCAAGAAAGCAAAUUUUGAAGCUAAACUGAAGAAACUUGAGGAACAAUUAGAGCAACAGAAAGCAGAAUAUGCGGAGAAGAUUAAAAAUAGAGUAGCUGCACUUCACAAGGAGGCAGACGAAAAGAGAGCUAUGGUUGAAGCUAGAAAAGGAGAAGAACUUCUUAAAGCAGAGGAAAUGGCUGCCAAGUAUCGUGCUACGGGACAAGCUCCUAAGAAGAUUGGAUGUCUUGGAUGUUAAAGCUAUGAAAUGUUUGAUUCUCCUUUGUGAAUUUUAUGCUGAUUCUCUUUAUUAAGUGUUGUAAACGUGCUGAAUUUUCCUAGUUUGUGCAAGAAAAAUACUCAUGAAAGUUUUUAAGUGUCAUGAUAAGGAUAAUUCAUACAGGUGUAUGAGUUGAUGUAUAAAUGUCCCAAAGCUACAAUGUGUUGUAAUGCUGUCAAGAAUCACUUGGUGUUCCUAA